AUGGUGAGUAGGGUAGGGUAGGGUAGGGUAGGGUAGGGUAGGGUAGAAAAAUUAUACUAAGACCCGAUUUGAACAUACCAUAACAUACCCAAAAUAUUUUACUUACAAGACUUAUUCAUACUAACUAACACCCAUCUCUUUAUAUACACCAUGUCUUCUGCACUUACAGCCUACACCCAUCGUGUCAGCACGAAAUACCACACAUAUUUAGACUAUUUAAAAUACGACUUAAAGCGAUUUCCUAAACAAAUAACCAAAUCACAAUCUAUAUACUAUAAUAUCAUCACGGUACUGUGCCGCCAUGACAGCUACCGUGCUGUGCCGAAAAGUACAAUGUUAUCAUGGCGAGUGCGUCAAUGAUAUCAACAAAUAUUAUGGCUUACUUUUGAUCAUGCAAUAUUAUUGUCUGAACAAUAUUUUACCAUAACAACCGUCAAGUUGUUAUUGCGGUUGAUACUGUACAUAAGUUCCUUUACAAAACAAAAAAAAUUACAAGAACUUUCUUUACAAACCAAGAAUUGGUAAGAACUUUAUUUACAAAAUAAAAAAUAGCAGGAACUUUCUUUACAAAUCAAAAAAAAUGUCAAGAACUUUCUUUACAAAGCAUAAAAUGACAAAAAAGUUUCUUUACAAAUGAAAAAUGGCAAGAACUUUAAAAAAAGAUAAAAUGGCAAGAACUUUCUUUACAAAACAUUUGAGUACUGUAACUUCAAUGCAGUAAUACUAACUUCUAUCUUUUUGCCUUCUGAAGGCAUAGAUACUAAUAGAGUACCUUAAUCAAGAACCCUUUUUAUGAAAUACAAAAAACGUUUUUAGGUAACAGAAGUUAGUUCCAACUACUCAAAUACCUUUUACUUAUAUAAUUUCUCAAUUUGAAAGCACGUGAUUCAGAGAUUGUCUAUGUUAACGUUUAUUGUUUGUUGUUUCUACAUUUAAGGCCUCAGACUAUAAAGCUAAAACACUUUGUAGUUUGUGUUCUUGCAACAUUUUUCACUUUUAAACUAAAAUUUCAAAAAAAUUUUUAAUUUGAAAAAAAAUUUUUCAUUUAAAAUUUUUUUUUCAGUUACGUUUCUACCCAAUAAAACCUCUAGCCCUGCAUGAAAGAGUGCACCACUUUGACGAAACUCGACCAUUAAGCGUACUAACAGCUACUGGCAGCUUUUCAAUCAACGAAGCUCACUCUUGGCUUCUUACAUCGAUUUCACAGGUCCCGGAACGAUGUCCUGGCACGGAUACGGUAACAUUGAACUUUCAGUCAACUUUCAAUGGUGGCACUAUGCUUCAGGCUACUUAUUCGUAAGUGUCAUGCCUAGUUAAAAAUUAUGUUAACAUACCCUACCCUACCAUACCUUACCCUACCGUACCGUACCGUACCCUACCCUACCCUACCAUACCCUACCCUACCCUAUUCUACUGUCCCAUACUUUAUCCUACUCUACUGUAUCCUACUGUCUGUAUGCCGGUAUACCUUGCUGUUAUCUAGCUUGCCCUACCCUACUAUACCAUAUUCUACUGUACAUACCCCAACCUUGCUGUAUCCUACUCUAUAUUGUCAUUCCCUACCUUACCCUACAUUUACUCUACCGUACCUUUUUCCUACUUUAUCAUACUCAGCCCUGUCCCUAUCUUUACCUUUCUGAACAUAUAAAACAAAAAGUAUGUCAUCAUACUAUCAUAUAGCAAUGAUCAUUACCAUCUAAAACAACAGUCAUUCGACCACUCCUAAAUGAAAUAAUGAGCAUAUUAUACCCAAUGACAUUACCCUUCCUCAAAACAAUAUACUAUCCAAAAAACCUUAUUCUUCGCGACAAAAAGCCGUAUCAUCUCCCACAAACAUACAACCACACAAUGCUUUGGGGAUUCCAAAAAGAAUUAAUUAAAGAGGGGGGUUUAGAUGAAUUCACUGACUCAUUGAGUAUAUAAAACCUUAAAUCUACAUGUAUAUUAAAGCGUUCACUUAUUAUUUGGGGGGAGGGGGGGGUAAUUUUAUUGAGGAAUAAAGGGUGGGGGGGGGGUAAAAAAGUUUUUUUUUAAAUUAGCGUAAUUGUAAGUAGAUCACUCCCAAAUAAAAAAAAAAUAUUGGGAUAUUUCCCUCCCCCCCCUCCCCACACUGCGCUCCCGCUCCCUCCCCCCCCUUUCAUAACUCCCUAGAUUUGCUUUUCAAAAAGUUGAUCAUAGUCACCCCUAACUUAAAAAAAAAUUAUCCUCCCCUCCCCGCCCUCUCCGUCCCAUACACAUAUUCCACCCGCUAGAUCCUUGAUAAGCCAAGAUUUUUAAUUUUUUCUAAUAAACACUAGUAAAACUAAUCUUUGACUACAGCCACGUUGUCUUAGGUUUUAAAUACGAAACACGGCCGUAAAGUGGGGGUUAUUAUUCGGGUUUCAAGCCCUAAUAAUUCAUUGCCAUUUAUAAAUAGCCAAUUGAAUAAUGAAUGGUCAUACUUUAAGCCUACUUCCAAUUGACGCACUUUUUGUUUCAUUUUUUUAAUUGUAUAGUAGAAUUUUUGAUUAGUAUUGUUUUUAUGAUAUGUUAGGACUCUAGGCUAGUGCUCUGGGCUAAGGUUUUGUGCUAGAGCUUUAUGUUAGGGCUCUGGGCUAGGACUCGGGGCUAAAAGAAAUCAAGACCUGAACCCAUUUUCGAACCAGUAACGAAACUGGGACCAGGACCGGGGCCAGGACCAGGACCAGGACUAGGACUAGGACUAGGACCAGGACCAGGACAGGAACCAGGACCAGGACCAGGACCAGGACCAGGACCAGGACCAGGACCAAGACCAAGACCAAGACCAGGACUAGGACCAGGACCAGGACCAGGACCAAGACUAGGACUAGGAUCACCAAGAUCAAGACCAAAACCAGAAACUGGUCUUGGAACUAAAACAGGACUGUGACUAAAACUAAGGCCCUAGGCUCUGGGCUAGAACUUUGGACUAGCAUUUAACAUAGUUAUGUAAAUUCAAAACUACAGUACUAUUACAUAUACACUUUUUACAAAACGUAUGUUUUUAUUAAAUACACAAACAGUACUUGGUAUACGUCUUUACUUUAUUUGCUUUUAAUAUUGUAGUAUAACGUGCUGAAGUAGAUCUAUGAAAAAUAAAAAUGAUGGUUUUAGCUGAUAUGCGGCUAUUACAUAACACAUAAAAUACAAAAAUAUAUAUUGACGUAGUCUAGCAAAUGUGAUCUAAGAUUUAUAUAGAUUUUACUGUCUUUGCACGAGUAUGUGUAAGCAAAGUACUAGUUUUGGCUUUAAAAAAUUUUUUUGCCAUUUUUAAUUAAGCAAAAGUUUUCCGUAUUUUACAUUGGAAAGAAAGUUCUUGUCAUUUUUUAUUUUGUAAUGAAAAUUCUCGCCAAAUCUUCUUCUGUAAAGAAAGUUCUUGUCAUUUUACGUUUUGUAAACCAAGUUCCUGCUAUUUUAUAUAAAUUUUUCAGGAAAGGUCAAGCAGUGUUCAGAAGUGAUAACAUCUCAACUAUCUUCAUUAUGCGUGAUGUCAUCAGUCGACAAACUACUCAAAAACAAAUGAAAAUACACCUUUCUUGCGGUAAAUUUUAAAAUUUUUUAGAAAAAUUUUUAAAAAAAACAUGUUUCGUCGUAUACAAUGUCCUCUUUUCUCGAAAAAACUUAAAAAACAUUUUUUAUCGUAUAAAAUGUCUGUCACCUUUUUCUCAAAAAACCUAAAAAACAUGUUUCAUCGUAUAAAGCGUCAACUUUUUAAAAAAAACAUGUUUCAUCGUAUAAAACGUCACCAUUUCUUUAAAAAAAUUUUAAAAAACGUUUCAUCGUAUAAAAUGUCUCCAAUAUUUCAAAAAAAUCAAAUUGAACACCAUUUUUAACUCCAGACUUCAACGAUGCAAGUGUAGAACACGCGCUCCGUUUAAUUCACCCCAAGAUGGAAUAUCAAGCCCAACUAGCCAAGAAAUACGAGCUGGCAACAAGCCUAAAGGAACUUAAGGCCGCAUUUGGUGAUGUGUCAUACCUAAAUGCAGAAUUGACCAACAUCCUUAAUAAUCAUGACAAAUUGUACGAGGAAGCAGAUGACAAACAGAUCUACUUUGACCGGAUCGUCGGAAUCAUUGUCGACUUGUUUAUCGACCGCGCCAAAGUCAAUGGAGUUUCGGCUAGCCACAAAGGGAAUGAUCUGGUCAACUUACUCAAUGAGGAUUACUCGCUACAAAAUGUAUUGAACUUUUUUGAAACUUACUCUAAGUAA